UUCUAACAGCUUCAGGGCACACGAUCAGGAGUGCUGUUGAUAGAGAGCUUGCACCCAAUCUGUGCUCAGUUAACAGAUGCUGACGGACUAUAAAGCCCUAUCCACAGGACUCCAGAACCAUCCAUGCAUGGGGUCGGUCUAGUCAAAUAACCAUUAAUUCAGCAUGGGGGAAAUAAAACGGGAGUCCUGCUGAUUGUCGAUGGAAAUGACUAGUUGUUUUGUUCAUUGAGUGAGCUGGAAGGCCCUGACAGGGGUGCAGAGCACAAGUCAAGUCAUGACUUCCAGAACAGACAAGUUCAAAUCUUGCGGCAUUCCCUCUCAGAUCCCUGCUGUCUGCUGGCUGCCUGGUCCCCUUGGGCACCUCACCUAAGCUCGGGAGCCCUAGGUUUUGCUGUUCCCUUCAGCACAUUAAGCAACUGUUUUUCUCUUCCACUAGUCCAGGUUUGGGUCUGUGGGCAGGAACCAAUACCCAAGUUCACCUGCCCUGCUCUGUCUGUGAGUGUGUCUUUUCCUGUUUGCCUCAGGUCCCGCGGCAGAUGGUGGGAGUGAGUGCGGUGGGUCUGCAGAUACUGAAGCCCGUUGUUAGUGCGCUCAGCUCCUGUAUCCCUGCCCACUGAUGUUGCUUUCCCAGCCUGCCUUUCUCCACUUAGGGCCGAGACUCCAUCCAUUUAGACAGUCAGGUAAACACCUUUUCGUCUGGAUUCCUUUUGCGUUGCCAGGCGCUGGGUCCCUAUUAGUGGUGGCAGGAGGCACAGCAGAGGAGUGCUGGCUUUGGGCACCGGGCUGUGGGUGUCCAGCUGGGCGGGCUAGAACAGGCUGCUCUGGCUCUCUGUGCCACCGUUUUCUUACCAGUGCUGGGCUGAUGGUGGUAGGACACAUUUCAUGGCAUUGGUGUGAGCACUGAAUAAGUUCUGUAUGAAUCUGGGGCAAAAAUGCAGCUUCUCCUGCAAGCCUAUUGCAGCCUAGUUAGUGAGAAGCCAAGCCCGUGACCUCCCCUGCCUUGGCGUGUCCAAGAAGUCAGACUCAGGCCUGUCUGCACCUGCCUUGUCACUGGGGCAGGACACAGACCCCGGGAGUGGGAGCAGCGUGUAAAUAUCACUGGCUCUGAUUGCCUGUGCCCGGCUGCUGCUUGGGAGCUGGAGGCCCCCAGAAGCCACUGUCUGGACUGAUGUGGUGGGCCUCCCGCAGAGGGUGUGCAGAUCCCUGACCAGUGGUAGGGCUCCUCUAGCUUCAGGGUGGUUGAUUCCUCCUGUCAGUUGGUCCUUCAUCCCAGGGAGCUCUCACAUAGCUUUGGGGACUGGACCAGGAUGCAUCAAACCACUGGGGGGCUGCACUGGCCCUGACCUUGCACCCCAUGGAGAUGUUAUUUCAGGGGCUUCAUUCCCUUUCCAGUCACUGGGCUCUGGGCAGGGUUUCGCAAGCUCACCUGGAAGAUGCCUAUAACUUUAACCUGUAGAUGAGAAAGAAAGCUCUAGAGUCUAUGCCCUUUGAUUCCAGGAGGACCCCUCCCUCCCAGCGACCUUCUAGCUCGGCCUAGCCAUAGUUGCUCUUAUAGAAAAUAUCAUAACAUGUGUUUACAUGUAUUGUCUAGCUGGGCUAUGCAAAUAACAUAAUAGACUCUCGAUAGCUGGUAUUUUUAAAAACUGUUGUCCAGGAGACAUCCUCUUGGUCUUUGUCAUCAGAGCUGGAGGACUAGAAAUAGUGAAGGAGCAAAGUGGGUAAGCACGGCUUUCCGGAAGAUGUGGGUCAGUGAUAAGAAGGUUCUCUCUACCCAGGGCAUCCUAGCUCUGACUCUGCUUGUGUUCUGAGGGGUCAGCUCCAACUACUGGGGCAAUUUGUCUGCCAGCUCCCCGAUGAGAAUCUACUUUGGAAACAUAUCUGUAGUCAAGGGGUCUCUUAGUUCUGAGAGGUGAAAUUCGUUGAGGAUAAAUAAGCUAGAGAGCCUGUCGUCAGAAAUUAAAUGAAUCCUUCCUGGGAAAAAGAAAGAAGUUUUAACUUCUAGAAGCACCCUGUAAAGCUCUGCUAGUGUGGGAAGAUUCUUUGAAUUACAUUUGCUGUAGCAGUCAUGGGCAACAGUGGCUAGGCCAACGGUGUUCCUCUUUGGGGUGUGAAAAAGUCACUGGAAAAAACUUCCUUACAUGGGCUUGUUUAGUCCCCUUCUCCAGAUAUUCAUGUUUAGGAGGCUUUGGGGAAGGUCCGGGCAUCUGUAUCCUUAUGAAGCUUCCCUGGGUGAUUCUGGGAUUCAUCAAAGACUGAGAACCACCAGCCCCGAGCGUGGGUAAAUAGAGCUAACCAAAUAGUGGGGCAUCCAAAGGGUGCCAUGAUGUUCAGCCCCUCCUAGAAGCAUGCAUUUCGUAGGGCGGAUGAGGUUGAGGCAAGAAAGUUCUUAGCAUGAAUCAUCCCGAAUUGACCACAGGUAAACCAGAAAGGGGAGGAAAGGAAUGCAUUGGACCUUUCUUUCAUAACUUGCUUUAUUCCUUUGUGAUAUUGUGCUGGGACAUUGGAGUGACAAGUAAUUUUAGAAGCUAGGCAUGAAGGAGGUAUUAGUAAGAUAAAGAACUUUGAGUGUGAAGGGAUUGAAAACAGUCAGUCAGUCAAUCAACAAGGCAACCAAUUACCAACGAUGUUUGUGAAGCCACCUGCUCUGUGCCGGGCUCUGCGGAAACUGAUGAGGGGGCCUGGAGAGCAAGGAGGGUAGGCUGCCCGCGGUCCAUGAGCUUGCCGCUAAGGGGUAAAACUUCAACCAAGCAUCAGUGCCUCAUGGGUGACAGGAAAUGAAAUGAGGGGUGUAAGUGUGGGGACCAGUAUGGCCCGAAUGAGGUUUCCAAGCGUAGUUUGAAGGGAGGUAGGACCUGAGUUGUGGUUGGAAAAAAUGAUUAGGAUUCAGAGAAUGGCAACCAUGUCAGGUUCAGCAAUAGUAUAAGGUGAGGCUGUUCAGGGCCCAGGGGGUAUACAAGGUUGGCUGGAGAGAAUGGUAUAUGGAGGGUGCAGUUGGAAAGAAGAUAGAGAAAAGAAAAAACAAUAAUGGAAAGGGUUGUGAAUGGCAGGUAAAUGGUUUUUGCUCCCUCAUAAGUACAUGGGAAGCAACCAGGAAUUUCUACACAGGGUAGGGCCUUGACUUGGUCCCUGGUGGAAAGGCUCAUAUGCUUAUCACAUGAUGUGGUGACAGAUUCAUGAACUCAGGGUAAGAAGCCUGUACUCCAAGGGCUCAUAAUUGGGUGUGAGACUGUCUUUAAGGCCAAAUUUCCUCUUCCAUAAAAUGGAGUUUAAAAAAAUCACAACAUGGUAGAAUUUCUGCCUUGGAGAAAGCUCUUAGAAGUCAUUUAGUCUCGCCUCCUCUUAGCAGAUAAAAUUCACAGUCGAACAUUUUAGGAUACAUGCCGUAUGGCUUUCAGGAAGAGAAGGAAGUUAAAACGUGAGCUGCUCUGUGUUUGCUGUUGCUCUCAGGACUGUAUUCGCCAUGACCAUGUCAGAAGGAGAGUCUUGACGAGGAUUCUCCGGUGUUCCUUGUGAGGCAGCCAUCAUGGGCUCCAAGCAGGGCUGAAAGGAGGGGUAUGCUGUGGAAGAGUGAAGUGAAUGCCAAGUAGGGCAUAGGCCUUGAAAGAAAAGUGUGCAAAUACGUGAGGGACACCGAAGCUCAAGAUUCAGCGGUAUCGUGGUAAAUUCACCUCCCAAGACACUGGUUUCCAUGUUUGGGAUGGUGACGCCAUGGACGGGCUUGAUCGUGAUUGUCUAAGAUGCUGUGAAUGGACUGAGUGCAGAUCAACUAAUUGGGCUUGACCUUUACAGUUCCUUUUAACCUGAAACCCUAUGAAUCUAUGAUAGAGCAGCGAGGACAGCAACAGUUAUUAAUCAAAAUAAUCUUCUGGUGUUGCAAGUGUUUUGUUUGAGGUGAUGGCAGGUCAGUCAAGUGCCGAUGUCCCCCAGAGUGCUGGGAAACCCACACUCAGAAUGACAGGAAGGCCGGGGCGGGGGGUGUGGGUUUGAAGUUCUGCUCAGAGCUGUAGGGGAAGGAAUAAGUUCCAGGAGGAGGAAGGUUCCAGCCUGAAGGAGUAAGGAGGUAAGGACUAUGCUCAGGAUAUGCCCAAUGGCGGGGGAAGAAUGAGGCACAAGAGAUUCUGGCAAGGCUGAUGAAGAAGCAGAGACUGAGGGAAAUAAAUAGAAGGUCCUGGAUGAAGGGAACUAUGGGAACAAUGGCUCGGGGGCAGGAGAUAGCAGCGUGGCCUGGAAGGACUGAGUUCUGUGUGGCUGUGGCGAAGAAAGCGUGAAGAGAAGCGGGAAGGUGACAGGAAUAUGAGUUAGGGUAGGACCAGGAAGCCCUUCUGAGGGUAGGUUGAGAGAUGUGGACGCGUAUUUACAAUGUUGAAGGUUGCAUAUGGUACCACUGCUUCCAGGGCAAGUAUAUUUUAAGAGAGAGGCACACGCUUCAUUAUCUGAAGCUGGUGUGCUUGGCCCUGUCGCAUCUGAGGAGAUCUGAAAUGGGACGUCUCCUCAGUGUGUCUCGGGCCACCCGCAGGCUGUGCGUGUACAAGUUCGGUGCUGGUUACUCUCCCCGCCGCAUCAACCUCUACGGACCUUAAGACGGUGUUUCCCACUUCUGUUCAUCAUUAUUCUCUGGCAAGGAGGAAAGCAGCAAGUAUCAGGAUGGAGAAAUGACACAAAAGGUGAAGGAAGGAUGUAGUGAAUGGCGUCCAACUGGGAACCCAUUACCUAGAAUGAAGAGGAAGUGAAAACCAUGUCCCAGUUACUAUCUCUUAAAAAUCCAGUUGGGGAGGUUGUCAUGGCAACAGAUAUUGUUUUCUUGAUUCAGCUCAAGGCUCCUCUCUCCUCAAUGCACGCCUCUGCUAUGCAUGCUGACCAGGAGCAGAGGCCCAGGGAGUACGUACAGCACGGGGGCGGGGGAGGGGGGCCGCAGUCUCCCCUGCUUUUUAUUCAUUCUCUCACUUGGGUGCUGUAAGCAUUUUGUAGUCACUUCAUAAAAUCUAGCAUCCACAGUGUCACUUGCCUUAGAAACUGAAGGAGCCAUUUGUCUGUGGUCAUUGAUCACAGAUGCCUCAGAUUUUCCCUUUGGGGAUAGAGUUCUGGGCAGGGCCUGACCCCAGGACUCCGGGAGAGGGGAGCCAUGCCAGAAUUAUGUGACCUCUCCUCAGUUGGGUGCUUAAGGAACACCACAGAGAUCUGAUCUGUGUGGCAGGAUAUUGUAAGGGACAAAUAAGAUCAGAAACACGAAUCUCUCUUGUAAGCCAGAUUUUUCGCCGAGGUAUUUUGUUGGUCAGCGUGUGGCCGCUGUGGAAACCACAGCCCAUCAGCUUGUUCACCUACUAGCUCAGCGCAGGGUUGAGUGAAUGGUUUUCUCUGCUCAGGCUCCUUCCGCUCAUGUCCUGCACCCCCUAGGGCUGCCAGCUCCUCUGUGGGACUCAGGGUUUGCCCGCACAGGGGGAGAUGGAAGGUGGAGAAUUAUCUGGAAGGUUUGCAUGGUCUCUGAUGGGAAGUGGCCAAAUCAUUGUCUCCUGCUUUCCAUAGUCCAGAACUCAAGUAUCACCUAGCUGUGUUCCCAGGAAGAGGGAGAGCAGGCUGGUGAACAAGGAAUCAUUCUCUACCAUAGAAAUGAUUUAUUUCCGUGUUUCUUACUGCCACGUUACCUCAUCACCCCCUGUCAUGGCAUCCUGCCUGCAGCCUCUCUCUCCUCCUGUCCACCAGGUUUGAGGCCAUUAGCUUAAUAUUCCUCGAAUACUUUAUCACACUUGCUUCUCUUCCUGCUAGAUCAAGUUCAAUUGCUUCAGCUUGAUAGUGAAACACUCCAACCAGGCCAGCGUUCCCUUUCCUGACCUUUCCCCUGCACCCUGAAAAUGGUUCCUUAUGUGUCCUUACAGUUUGUGAUGCAUUGGUGAGUCUCUUCCCUGAUUUUAUUCUCACUCUCAGCCCCUUGGAGGAAGAAAAAGAUUUCCUCUUUGUCACAGACAAGGUGCUUGCUGGGCUCUGCGUACUGUGCUGUUCGGCAUAAGCAGAGGGAGAAACCUGGAGAUCCUGACUCCAGAGCUGGGACGUCUCCACCAGAACAGGAUUCCUCAGCCCUUCAUGGUCCUAAGAACUGCUGGGGACACGUUCCAAACUCCAGCACAAACUCAUGAGUCGGAGUCUUCAGGGGAUAGGGUCCCAGACAUCUGUAAUUCACCAGUGCCCUGUGAUUCAGGUGCAUAGCCCAUUAUGGGAACAUCGCCCAUAACAUCACAAGGGCCCAUCUGAAUAGCCAGAACCCAGACGGUGGUGGGAAUUUAAGGCCCCGUGACAUGCAAACGUGGGAGAGAAAUUUGAGGGGGCAGUGAGCCUUCCAGCUGCUCUCAGGUCACCCCAAUGAUCAUGGUAUCUCAGUCACCUUAAAUAUUGGCCCAUGCCUUUAGAAUCCACUCCGUACCCUAUGCCGUUACAAAAACAGUCAUCGACAUGUUUCUGGUUUUUGGUUUUUUCCCAGCUGCUUAUCCCCAUCCCCAGAUCAUAAGGUGCUUGAAAUAGAAGAUGUUGGGGAAGAGAUUGGGAGGAUGGCAGGGGUCCAAAGGGUGGGGGUGACAGAGGGAAACAGACUUGACUUUGAGGUGGAGAACCUCGCCGUCACCUUCCAGUCCUCUUGGGUGUACUGGCUCUCUCUGCAUUUUUGGAAAUCAGACAGUCAGUUUGGAAGGUGAGUCAUAAUAGCCGUGGCUGUGUGCUGGUCUGAAUACCUUGCUUACCUUGGCUACGUCCUGUUACUACUCCCAGUUUGCAGAUAAGGAAACUGCAACUCAGAGAAAGUGUGUCCCCUGACCAAGGCCGCAGAGCUAGGACAUGGUGGGACCGGCUGCAAACCCCACCCCUGGGCGUCAGGAUCCAUGCUCUCUCUAUUGCCUCAUUUCCCCCACCACCUCUCAGCUGUGUGAGGACAAAGUGUACUAAACCCAGAGUAGGAUAUGUAAGGCUUUGUUUUUCCUAAAUUCUCUGUGGGUCACAUGAACAAUCCAAGAACAAGUCAGAUCUCUACACUUAGGUGAUUACCAGGUAAGGGCAUUAGAGCCACCUGAAGACCCAGCUGUUCUCAAGUCUCCUCUCUAUUUCUCUGCCACGGUAGCAUCGACCCCUUGGCUUAAGGCAUGGCCCCCAAAGGCCCUUUAUCAAAUAUAGGUGUCACCCUGAAUGGGCUACACAUGCACACUGGGUCACCAGAUGCCACAUUAGCUAGGAUUACAUUAUCAGGUUAGGUGGCAGGAAGAAGAGGAUGAGAAGGAAGGGUAGAGGGAGACCAGGAGUCUUUCUGCAUGCCCCGGACAUCAUAUGCUAGGUGUCUGUCAGGGCAAGGAGUGAAUGGUGCCUGCUGUGUGAUGUGGGGGUGGCUACCAGAGGCAGACUUUGUCCCCUUGCCAGUUUGUCCAAGAUUUAGGCACCGGCCAAAGUGCCUUAGGAUUCUAGGGUACGCUUUGAAACUCAUCUUUGUAAGGCUGAAGCCCUUGACUGAAAAGAAACCUCGAGUGUAUUCCAGUCAGCCCUUACUCCACUACUAAGAAUCAGACUCAUUUACAGAUAGAUGGUAGAGUCCUACAAUUAAAAAAAAAAUAACAAUAUUCCAGGACAGUAUAAAGAUAAAAUCAUUAAUCAAAAGAAAAUGAACUAUGUUAUUUGUGGAAUUCAGUGAAUUUCAUGGAGUCUUCAUGGGAUUCCAGCAGCUUCCAAGCAGCGUGCUAUGGGACAUUGAGGCUCAGAGAGGUUAGGCUUUUAUAAUGCCACACAGCAGACUCAAGUCAGGGUGGAGAAUAGAACUAUUGGCUGCGGUUCAUCACAUGACAGCCCAGCCCCACUGAUGUUAGGGCCUUUCUGAAUCAUCCUGAGACACAAGACAGGGUCGAAGAUGGCAAAGAGCAAAAUUAAGAGGUACUCAUAGUACCUCUUAAUUCAGUAUCCCUGCUGCCACAGUGCCAUGGGGUAGGGAAAUCUGGGGCUUGAAGGGUUCACUUUUUACUUGGCGUCCCACGGAAAGUGGUAGAGCUGGGACUCCAACCACAUCUUUCAAUGUGCAUUAAUAAUUAAAAUAACAAAAUUAAAGUCAAAGUUGCUUGAAAUACCCUUUUCCAUGUGGGAGCUGUGUAUCAAGGUCGACCAGAUGCCAGGCCAUAGCUCUGCUAGGGAAUGAGCUGCACAAGGCAGGCAUAGUUAGGCCUGGCAGACCUUGCAGCCUGGGGAUGGAUGGGGCAGGGCACACUGCGCACGCAGGAGGACUGUGACCCAGGGGCAGGUACAAGACUAUGGCAGCUCCAAGCAAGGAGGUUGGGUAUCAGGAAGGCACUAAGCAGCGUUUGACAACACAUGCAGGGAAGGACUUGGGACUCAGUUCAGGGGUGAAACAUGAGAGGAGAGUCCCAGCUAAGCUGAGACAGAGAAGGGAGAGGAUGCUAUUUACCUCUUCCCCUGACGGGCCUGCUGCUGGGGCAGCAGGAGGUAGGAGCAAGAGGUGAAGGAACCCCAGGUGCUCCACCCCAAUCAAGACUGCAGAAGCUUCUCUUGACACCCAUGAGAACAAUCUUGGAGGAUCCCUUCUGGCCCGUCUCCCACUUUAGGUCACCUAAAAGGGCUAUUUGAAGCUUAUCUCAGCCUGAUGCUCUUCAGAAAACAUUUUUCUACCUGGGUGCCAAGAAUUACACUAUCAAGGGCGAGGCACGUUUCAUUCCAGAGUGGGAGAUAAAUGGCCCUCGGUGGAAAUGCCUGGCUGGCUAGCCCUUUGGAGUGAAGGGGUACCUCCCAAUGUGUAACCAGACAUCUGUCAAGGAGGGGAAAAGAGGGGUUGUCAGGUGCACCUAGUUGUGACACAGGGAAAGGAAAGUCUACGGGAGCUGCGGAAAGAGGCCACGGGAUGGAAGAUAAAUGUCACUCUUGCCAUGGCUCUGCUCUCUGGGCUUGGUGCUGAUUUCCUUUAGUAGCAUCCAAGCAAAUAGGACCAGUAACCAACUGACAAUGGUUACCUCGAAGUCAUGGAUGAGACAGUUCCUCUCCUCACGGCUGGCUGUUUCCUACAAGGGAAUUUGUGUGCCAUGAUCUUACUGCCAGGUCUAAAGAUCACGUAUUAUGCAUACCACAUACUAUAAACGUAUGUUAAGUAUAUAGCAUUUGGCACACACUGUAGGCUCAAAUAAUGCCAUUGUUAAAUCAUACAUAUGUAUCGGCAUUGUUUCCAUAUUCGCCAAAUAUUCGUUGAGUAACAGCCAUACAGCGGCAUUCAGGGAACUUGGUUUUUGCUCCUGCUUCCCAGCAGUCUCUUAUUUUGAACUGGUUGUUUGGGUUUCUUCAUCUUUAAACACGGGGAUUGGAUGAAAUGCAAGCCGAGGUCCCUGUCGGCUUUGAAAUGGGUUCUUUGAUUUUACUGUGUACUGAGCACUGUGUGAGGCGCCGAGGGAGAUUCCAGAAGGACUCGGUUCUCAAGCAGGUUACCGUCUGCUUGGUCCAGGAUCGUGGAGCUCCCAUAACCGAGGUGGGGGCCAGCACACUGCUUCUGUUAAGGGUGACGCAGUAAGUGUUUUUGGCUUUGUGGUCCACACAGCGUCUGUCACAGUGACCCGGCCCCGUUGUAGCAUGAAGGCAGACGAUGUGUAAAGGCGUGCUUUUUCUCACUUCCUCCGUACUGGGGGAGGGGAUCUGUCAAACAGUCCCCUUGAUGUUUAUGCCUGGCCUGGCUCCCGCCACGCCCCGCGCUGCUAACUCACACUUGCUGCGUCUCCGGGCGGGGCUCAGACAUCUGUGCGCGGGGACGUGGCCACCUGGCGGUGCGGACGUACAGCAGGGUCUCUGCCUAGGGAUGUCACCGCGUGAAAAUGAGAUGAUGACCUCAUCGCCAAGCCAGUUUUGCCCACCGGAGGGAGAUAGGCUGGAAUCGAUGGGGAAAGCAUUGGCAACUGUCCCUUCUCUCAGCGUCUCUUUAUGAUCCUCUGGCUGAAAGGCGUUGUGUUCAAUGUCACCACUGUGGAUCUGAAAAGAAAGCCGGCGGACCUGCACAACCUUGCCCCUGGCACCCACCCGCCCUUCCUGACCUUCAACGGAGAUGUGAAGACGGACGUCAAUAAGAUCGAAGAAUUCCUGGAGGAGACUUUGGCUCCUGAGAAGUACCCCAAACUGGCUGCGAAACACCGGGAAUCCAACACGGCAGGCAUCGACAUCUUCUCCAAGUUCUCCGCCUAUAUCAAAAACACAAGGCAGCAAAACAAUGCCGCCCUUGAGAGAGGCCUGACCAGGGCACUGAAGAAACUGGAUGACUACCUGAACAACCCUCUCCCAGAGGAGAUCGAUGCCAACACUUGCGGGGACGAAGACAAGAAGUCCCGGCGCAAAUUCCUAGAUGGGGACGAGCUGACCCUGGCCGACUGCAACCUGUUGCCCAAACUCCAUGUGGUCAAGAUUGUGGCCAAGAAGUACCGCAACUACGAUUUCCCGGCCGAGAUGACCGGCCUGUGGCGGUACCUGGAGAACGCGUACGCCCGGGACGAGUUCACCAACACCUGCGCGGCCGACAAGGAGAUCGAGUUGGCCUACGCCGACGUCGCCAAACGCCUCAGCCGGUCCUGAGCUCCGCCACCUUGCCCCACCGCUGUCAGCAGAAGGACUCGGCUUCUCCCAAAGGAACCCAGGCCUCACAGACUCCCCCUUCCGCGUGUUGUUGCUGGCCUCCUGGGGCUCCAGCCUGCCGUCUCUUAUGGAGGUCCGAGCCCACCCCAUCUGAUCACACGGGCAUCUGCAAGCAGAAAUGUAGAAACACUCAAGCUCUCAGCCUUUGGGCCCGGUCUGGGUUUCAGUGUGUGCCUGGGGUCAGGGCUGAACAGCCCACCUAGGGGACUGUCCCUGGCCCUCCGCCAACAUCAGAAUCAAUGCACAGCUGCAUUAGGAUCACGCAGCACCGUGUCCCCUUCUCCCCUCCUCUUGGUUGGUAGCAGCCAAGGACAGAUGCCAUGGUAGUUCUUACUAGAAAGAGAGCCUCUGCGUUUGCGGGAGUGAGUGGAGGACAGGCAGGCUGUGGAUUUGCCAGUUGGCACCCACACCUUCAGUCCCUCUCUGCUUGCUGAUGCUCUGGUCACACGGGGUACUGAAGACCAGGCUGGAAAACCAUUUCAGACCGUCUCUUUUGGCUGCAGUGUUGAGAAGGUCGCGAUGCUCUUGUGUGUCGGGCUGACACCAACCUCUGGUUCUAAACUGUCCAGGCCUUUUGAGGGAGGGAAAUUGGCAUGCAGUCGCAAACCAGGGGACUGGGAAGGGGAGGGGGAGCAGUGUCGAUGCCAAAAGACCCACGGGGUCUACCAGCCAUGGGGGUUGCUUGCUUCGGGGUAGUUUUGUUGGAGAUGACAUGCCUGGGUUUGAUUGUUUGAUCCAUAAGUGAAUUUUGGUCUGUGAGAAAGCAGAUGGGAGGUGGGGGGGAGGGGAGGAGGGGUUGGAGAUAAAGAAGUUCUUUAUGAGGCUCAAUGUUCCCUGGGAAUCUUUCACACAGGUCUUUUCUCUCAUGAUCUCACUAAAUCUUGAACUGCUGAUGUCAACCUUAGAGCAAAAACCCAAGAAUUGGCCAAAAAUGACUUUCCAGUCUCUUCAAGUUGUUCCGGAAUGUGGGUCUGCCAGCCAGGUGGGGCUCCUGGCUAAGCUGGCUGCAGCCUCUGAUGGGUGAGAGAUGGCAAGAUCAUGGAACACCUUAGGAAGAAAGUCCAUGGGCCUUUCUGACUGGGAAACCAUGUGGUUUGGGCUUGAAGUAAAGUAGAUGGCCCAUCUGAGUUAAUUUUCCUGCCAUCUCACUCACCUGCCAGAUGAAGAAGGAACGUUUUUUUAGCUAAUAUUUCACUCCUUAGUCAUUUUCCUUGAGUUUCAUCUCCUUCGAAGCUCACCCGGCUCAAGCCUGGGGACCUGUGCAGAGGAAACUAAGAAAAAUGAGCUAAUCGUCAGCCCUCUGCCCUAGUGAUGCCCUGUGAGAAAAGCCACCCACCAUAGAAGGUCCCCUUCAGCAGGCCUCCCAUCCGGGCUGCCGGCGGGUAGAGUGAAGCUCCCAGGUGCCAGAAAGCCUGGGACCCGGCUCAUUGCUCAGGAAGGUCAGGGCAGCACGGUCCUUUCCAUAGAAACAUCGGCAUAUGCUCACCCCAGCAACCCCCAGACGGACCUGCCUCCAGGGAUCUCUGAAGAAAUCACAGGGCCCACUGAUCUGAGCAGAGGGGAGGAAGCAGGAGCCCCUUGAGCCCACUGAGGAAGACAAAAUUUCUCCGUAGGACGUUUUAUUAGCCUGAGAGCUUUGCAAGGGCAGGAGGCGUUGAUUCAUUCCCACCCCUAAAGGAAGCUUCCCAGGGACUCCCUGGGAACUUAGUCCCCAGACAUGUUUAAAAAGGAGCAUGGUGAGGAAACAGUUCUUUUUACUGUAGGGAAAAGCCCCGAACUGGCCUCUUGGGAGAUGAAGUCUUGAAUGAUCCCAGAGGACUUUUAAUUAGUGUAAAUCCUGUUGUCCUCAGAAACCCUUCCCUGGGUUUAGCAACACAGGAACGAUGACCUAAGAGGCAGUUUACUUUCCAGAGACCCACAGUGGUGCUGUUCUAGAAGCACUUCGGUAUAGCUUGGCCAGCAGGACAGAGAAAACAGGCCCCCAGGUGGCCCCGCUCCCAGCUAGGGCUUGUCUGAUACUAAUGACUGAUUUGAGAGUCAGAAGUCAGCCAUUGGCAAGUCUUUAAAAACAAAGAAGCCAAACUGAAUCAACAUUGUUGUUUUUAGAUGUUCCUUCUGUGGUUGACUUAGUUUUACAUAAAUAACGAUAUUAAGGCACCAGUGGGGGGGGGCAGUUACACGAUCAAUUAUAACCAUUGAAAAUAGGGCACGGAGUUACAGAUGGAAAGCACUUCUGAGACUUAAUUCAGGAAUAUCUUUUUAUUUCAAUAGAUUAUUAAAUAAUACAUCUGACUCUUGAUUGAGAGCUUUAAUGUCUUAUGACCAGAUUAAGCAGAAUAUUUUUAAAUAACAAUAAUACUACCUUCUGAUUAUUUUUUCCAAAAGAGAUUUUUUUCUCCAGAUCCUUCAGCCUCCCUGGGCUUUGGCCACAACCCUGUCACAUACACAGCAAAUCAUCUUCAAGUAUCAGUAUCAUGAGGUCCUUAGGAGUCUCCAGAACCAACUCAGGGAGUACUGAAGGUUUGCAGUUUGAACUCCAGAGUUUUAAGACAGGACGUCACCCUGUCAUUGGUCUUGAAUGAAUCCUGAUCCCUCGGAAAGCUUUUCAGUGGCAUUUGAAAGGGUUUGGAUUGAGAUCCUAUUUUAUUUUGGAUUUAUUUUUCUCCUUUGACUUUCAGGUCACUAUUUUAUUUUAUUUUUGUGGGAUAGCAUAGUGGGAGGCUGAGGCAGAAAGAAGACUCAAACUCAGAAUAACUGUGUUGAAUUUACCCAUCUAUCAGGUUGGGCUACCUGUCAGGUUGGCCCAGAGAGAAGGUAUUGGGUAAGAUUUUAAUAACCUUAAAUGAUGAGCUGGAUAAUAAAAGCUUGAGUGUUCUAGAGCAUGGUUCAGUCUAUUGUGUGUCUUUAUCUCCUGGUAAAGAAAGUCAAAUGUCUGACAACUCAGAAUCACAGGCUUCGAAAAGCCAAACACACUUAUUUGGCCACACCACCUCAGACUGGUUCCAGCUUCCCAGGAAAUGCCAGUGUCCGGUGUUCACAUUUCCUGCUGGUGGGGCCAGCAAGGAUCUUGGUCUUUUCAUUAGAAAAACGCUUCACCAAGAAUGAAGUUUCCUUCAGAAUGCCCACUGGCCAUUCUGCACAAAGACAACACCAAGCAUCUUCGCAUUGUUGCAGGAUGAAUCGAGCCUGGAAGACCCUGAAGACCUAAGAAUCCCAGGAAUCAGGAAGGCCUAGACAAAUAGAAUUAAAAGAGGGGCAGAGUCAGGAAGGUACAGGUCUGCCUAGUAAGAGUUUUCCAUUGUGAGAAACCAGUGGAGAGUCUGCCUAAAAUUAAACUAGUCUAGAGGCAGCAGGAAUCCAGCAGGUAUUUCCAUGACCCACCGCUAUUCCCAGCGGCCAGGAACCAUUUAUGUAACAGAGUGAAUCAAGAUACCAUUGUCUCUCUCCUUGGAAAGAUGAAGUAUCAACUUAUUAUUAAAACUAAGUUCAGUGAUUCCUAAGGGAUCACUUCCUUAUUUUUUCACAUGCCAUUAAAAAGAAUCGUAAGCGUUCGAGAGAGAAAUGUGCAUGUGAAGCAUCCUAGUUCUAAAGUUAGGAGAACAGACAUCGUAUCUUUGGCCUUGGAGCCUUUUCUGCAAACAAGACCCAUUUUCUUCUAUCCAGUGCUUUUCAGCAUUCAAACCAAGUAACAUGUGCCCUCUUCAUGAACGUGUAUUAGUCUACCUUUGCCAGUAUUCUUCUCCUGGCUUAGUUUCAGGAUGCCUUCCUUUCAUCAUGAGGUAUGAUCCAAAGUGUGUAUCAUUUUAUUUAAUGUUACUUGAGAAAUUAGAUCCAAUGCUCCCCUCACCAACCAAAAAUGAAAUGAGAUUGCCUCAUUAUAGGGAUGGGCUAAUCUCUCUUUCUAUAAAACCAAUCUGGUUGGUUUUUUUUUUUCUUUCUGUUUUUGUUUUUCUUUGAAAAACAUAGUUUAAGGGAUCCAAUUAUCUAAGAUAUUUUAUGCAUAGUUAGAAAUUUCACAAUAAUGAUUAUGCAUAUACUUAAAAUAUAAAAUAUCCAGCUGAUGUUUGAAAUUUGUCUUACUUUCCUGACCUCGUGUUUGUCCCAUUCUAAAAGCUGGGGGUCAACUAAUUUAGCAAAAGAUGCCUAGCUUUCGUAAAAGAACAAGCAUUACAUUUUAUAAACACACUCCAAAUGAUGGUUACUUGAUUUCCUCAAGACCUCUAACUGUGGUAACAAAAUAGCAGAACUUGCUUUCAAGCCUUAAUAAAUAUAAGUUGCCUUUUAAUGAAGAUAUUGCUGAAUGUUUUCUUCAUGAAUCUGAACCAGUUAUAAAUUUGUUUUCCAGUCUUGAUUGGUAAUGACUGAUUCCAAUAAAGUUGGUUUAUUUUCAACUAUUACAAAAGUAAUCAUCAGACUGCUUAUUUGAGAUGGGGAUUUCCUAUGUUGUUUUAAAUGACAAAUGUGGACUUUUUUUUCCCAAAUAAAAGUUAUUCUGUUUUCACAUUA